AUGUCAGUCUCUAAAGAGUGCGUUCAAACCUUGGCUUGGACAUUUCCACUGGGCCUGGGAGAUGGGCAAUUCUAUUCCUGGACAGAUGGUCUGAGAAGGAAAGACUGGCAUGACUAUGAAAGCAUUCAGAAAGACGCUUUGCGCUCAGGGAAAGGUGAGCAUGGAAAACCAUACCCCCUUACUGAGGAGGACCAUGAUGACUCAGCUUACAGGGAAAACGGCUUCAAUAUUUUCGUCAGCAACAAUAUUGCUCUAGAGAGGUCUCUGCCAGACAUCCGCCAUGCAAAUUGUAAGCACAAGAUGUAUCUUGAAAAGCUGCCAAAUACCAGCAUCAUUAUCCCAUUUCACAAUGAAGGCUGGACCUCACUCUUGAGGACCAUACACAGUAUAAUUAACCGAACCCCAGAGAGUCUGAUAACUGAAAUCAUUCUGGUCGAUGACUUCAGUGAUCGAGAACACUUGAAGGAUAAGUUAGAAGAUUACGUGGCUCGAUUUUCCAAAGUGAGAAUUGUUCGCACCAAGAAAAGGGAAGGACUCAUUCGGACCAGACUUUUGGGAGCUUCUGUGGCCAGAGGCGAGGUGCUAACCUUCCUGGAUUCCCACUGUGAGGUCAACGUGAACUGGCUGCCCCCACUCCUCAACCAAAUUGCACUAAACCACAAAACCAUCGUGUGCCCCAUGAUCGAUGUCAUUGACCACAAUCACUUUGGCUAUGAGGCACAAGCUGGGGAUGCCAUGCGAGGAGCCUUCGACUGGGAAAUGUACUACAAAAGAAUCCCCAUCCCUCCAGAGCUCCAGAGGGCUGAUCCCAGCGACCCUUUUGAGUCUCCUGUUAUGGCCGGAGGUCUCUUUGCAGUGGAUCGAAAGUGGUUUUGGGAACUGGGUGGCUAUGACCCCGGCUUAGAGAUCUGGGGAGGAGAACAGUAUGAAAUCUCUUUUAAGGUUUGGAUGUGUGGAGGAGAAAUGUUUGACGUUCCGUGUUCUAGAGUCGGUCAUAUCUACAGGAAAUAUGUCCCUUACAAAGUUCCAUCUGGGACCAGCCUGGCAAGAAACCUGAAGCGUGUGGCUGAGACCUGGAUGGAUGAAUUUGCCGAAUACAUUUACCAGCGGCGGCCGGAGUACAGGCACCUCUCCACCGGGGACAUCUCUGCCCAGAAGGAGUUGCGAAAACGACUCAAGUGCAAAGACUUCAAAUGGUUCAUGGCUGCGGUGGCCUGGGACGUGCCUAAGUACUACCCUCCGGUAGAGCCCCUGCCUGCGGCGUGGGGGGAGAUUCGAAAUGUGGCGGCCAACUUAUGUGUGGAUAGCAAGCAUGGAGCCACAGGGACGGAACUGAGGCUGGACAUCUGUAUCAAGGAUGGCUCCGAAAGGACCUGGUCUCAUGAGCAGCUCUUUACUUUCGGGUGGCGAGAGGAUAUUCGACCCGGUGAGCCUCUACAUACUCGAAAAUUCUGCUUCGAUGCCAUUUCGCACAGCAGCCCCGUCACCCUCUACGACUGUCACGGCAUGAAAGGGAACCAGCUCUGGGGAUACCGGGAGGACAGAACUUUAUUUCAUCCUGUGAGCAACAGCUGCAUGGACUGCAACCCCGCAGAGAAGAAGAUUUUCAUGGCCAGGUGUGACCCUCUAUCUGAGACUCAGCAAUGGAUUUUUGAACACAUCAACAUGACUGUUUUAGAAAAAAUUAGCCACCAUGCCAGCUCCUAG